ACGUGGGGAGGUGAAUUUGAAUCAGCCGCCACCGGUUCCAGUCUGCUGUUUCGUUGUGUCGACACGCUCGUUCGCACCGGUGUCCAUCCGCAGCUCCUCUCGCGCGAAACUUGUUCUGCGCGAGUACUCCGAGUAAAAGCGACUCCGAGAUAAUAUCGAGAGAGUCGAAGAGACUAUGUGAAGAACAGGUAUUUGGCUAUAUCUCGAACCAAAAAAAGUUAGAUUAGUUAGCAGCAAUAUCAAGGAGUAGAAAGGACUCCGGCUUGGAGCCGAGGAGAAGUGCGCGAGGAGAUAAACGUAAAACAAAACGUCAAUUUCAACAACGCGGAAAAAUCAUCUUCGGUGUGCGACGAGACGAAAUCGACACAAUUGCCUGCACAUUUUGUUUGCGAUAUCGGAAAUAGAAGGUAUUACUCUUCUUUAAUUAAUAACGGAGUAUCGAGAAAUCGAAGAGAGAGAAAGUCACACGAGAAAUCACAUUUGUAAACAGAGACGAUUAAAAAGUAGUUGCACGCGGAUACGCGAUUUUCCAAUUACAACUGUCAUCGUGAGAUACCUGUUGUUUAUCACCGUCCCACGUGCGACAUUUCUCCGCCGACUGUCAAGCUCUCCCGAAUAAUAGUUUCCUCCGCGUCACGUGACGAUACCCGGGAACAAACAUCGCACCUAUAUAUUGUCCGAAGUUAUCAAACAGUCGACCGCUCUCGCAUCGUCGCGGCGAGAUAUCGCGCGAGAAACGACCAUAACUCUCUCUCUCUCUCGUCUCUGAUGAAAUCAGCGACCUGACACACAGCAUCGCGUAUAUUUCCGAUACACACUCCGGACGACCAGCACCGCGACGAGCAACUACGAGAGCGAGCGGAGGCUGCAGAGAAGGAGCGGAGUAGAAGGUGAGGGAGAGGGAGAAAAAUCAAGAAGGAAGUAGCAAGUGUCACGGCGGGGAAUCUUGUCAGUGAGUGGUGGACUGUGGCGCAGAUCGCGGGGCAUCCGCGCGUGUGUGACAAGGAUCCUUCGCGGGGGACGAGCGAGAGACGCGCAGGACGACGACGGAGCAAAAGAGGAAGGGGUCACAGGUCGGCAAGCACGCGCGGCCGAGACUCGCGCUCGAUACGGGCACGCGCGCGAUUCGACCCGAUCGUCGCUUCCGAUCGUCACCGGCCGGCACCCUGGUCCGGGAAGAGGACUGUGACCUUGCGGGCCCGACCUUGGAAAUUGGCGCCACCGUCGAUCAAAGUAUCGUCGGAAAUUCGCGACGCGAAACUCAACCCGGUCACCGUCAAAGUGUUGCGCGAGUGUUCGAGAGAGAGAGAGAGAGAGGAAAAACGAAGUGAUUUUAAUCGACCUUUAUUUGACCCGUUACGAGGAGAGGGAGGUUCUUCGGGGAGCUGCCAGUGAUCGAACCACCUGUCACGCCGAUGGAAUGAUUCAAUAUGCUUAGAUCGUCACUGGUGCUCUUCGUCGCGUUUUGCGCGACGUGCGGCCGCGCGGACUUUUUCAGCGACAGAAAGGAAGUAGUAUACGAUUUAAUGGAGGCGACAAUGUCAUCAAUGACGAUGACGGACGAUGACAAUAUUUAUAUAGAUGACGGUCUGGACGGAUUCCCGGCGUUUGGCUUCCGAUCUGGCUCCGAGGUGAAGCAACCACACAUAUUGUACCUCCCGGAAAAGUUGCCAGCCGAGUUCACUCUAGUGGCCAUAUUUAAGCCGACCUCUUUCCGGACGAGCUACCUCUUUGCCGUUCUUAAUCCCUUCGAAACCGUCGUCCAAUUGGGCAUUAGAAUUUCGGAUGGACCGGGCUCGAACCAAAACAUCUCGCUUGUCUAUACAAACUCGGACGAGCAUUCGCGCUCGGAGGAGGUGGCGAAAUUUACCGUGCCGAAGCUUACGAAGAAGUGGUCGAAGAUCGUCAUUAAGGUUUCCACGACCGACGUCACCUUUUACCUCAAUUGCCACGAGAUGGCUCGACAGAGGGUCACCAGAAUCCCCCAGGAAUUAGUAUUCGACACCGCCAGCACGCUCUACAUCGCGCAAGCCGGACCGCACAUCCAGGAACGAUACGAGGGUUUGCUGCAAUCUUUGAAGCUAUACUCCGGCCAUCCCCCGGAUCUUGUAAAAUGUACUGCUGACUUUGACUUUCCAGCAGACGAUGAGCUUGGCUCUGGUGAUUACGAUCUCAACUUGUUCGAUGGUUCUGGCAACGCUGAUUUGAAUAAGAUCGGUCGGGAUGCGGACGAAGACAAAAGCGAGGAGAGUAACCCACCUCCAUUCAUCACGCCUCCGCCUCCGAAUCCAGAUUAUAAAGGUCCGAAAGGCGAAAAAGGCGACAAAGGUGAUAAAGGUGAAAGUGUCAGGGGUCCUCCAGGCCCUCCGGGCCCACCUGGUCGCGAUGAGGAUUUGCUAAUGAGGACACCGCAGGGACCACCUGGUCAAAAAGGAGACCCUGGCACGUGCAUCUGUAAUGCUACGGCCUUAAUGUCUUCCUUUACGAUGCCGAAGAUGAUACAAGGGCCGAAGGGUGAACCAGGCGUACCGGGACAGGAGGGAAAGCAAGGUUUAAUGGGUCUCACGGGUGUGGCAGGACAGCCAGGAGAAAGAGGGCUGCAAGGCCCGACUGGGGCGAAAGGUGACAAGGGUAAUAUUGGAAUACCGGGACCGGAAGGUCCCCAAGGUCAAAAGGGCGAGCCAGGUCGCGAUGGAAUUUCCGGUGAAAAAGGCGCACAAGGUCCACCGGGACCGCCUGGAAAGGGAGAAUUCUCUAGCUAUGACCCCAGUUGGAAGCCUCGAAAUAUUUACAGGACGGAAGGAGGUAUCACGAUGAGGCCGGGACUCCCAGGACAGAAGGGUGAACCGGGCAUCUCAGGAAGCCCCGGCCCUAAAGGCGAAGCUGGAAUACCAGGGUCUAAGGGUAUCAAGGGUGAACCAGGCCACAAAGGUGCCAAGGGUGAUCAUGGGAAAGACGGCCCCAGAGGAAUUCAAGGUUCUAAGGGUGAACCAGGCGUAGCGGGCGCACCCGGUCUGCCUGGCGCACCCGGUGAAAAUGGACGGCCAGCCGAGAAGGGUGAUAAGGGCGACACAGGACCCGAAGGAAAAUCGGGACCUCCGGGACCACCCGGUCCACCUGGUGCGAGCGGUCCCGGUGGCAUAAACGUAGGGGAUCUAGGAUUUGGCACAAAGGGCGACAAAGGAGAUACUGGAGCGCGCGGGUAUAAGGGUGAUAAGGGCACGAAGGGCGAGAAAGGCGAUAAGGGUGAUGCCGGUCCAGCUGGUAUUCCCGGAAUAAAUGGUAUUCAAGGACCUCAAGGAGAUAAAGGCGAACCUGGUAAGGAUGGGAUAUCAGGAUCGGCCGGCAUACCUGGUUCUAAGGGCGAGAGAGGCGAAAGAGGUCCUCCUGGAGCUACUACCAUUGCCAAUUCUGGCGACUAUAUCACUAUCAAAGGCGAGAAAGGUGCCGAAGGAAAACGAGGUAGGAGAGGACGACCUGGACCGCCUGGUCCUGUGGGUCCUCCCGGAAAACCAGGAACUACGGGAGAGAUCGGUUUACCAGGAUGGAUGAAUUCGAUGAAGGGUCGUCCUGGGACACCUGGAAUUCCUGGAAGUACCGGACCAAUGGGACCCAAGGGAGAAAAGGGGGAGGCUGGCACACCGAGUCCUUACGGUGUUUCCGUUGGUAUCAAAGGUGAUAAAGGAGACGAAGGUUUUCCCGGGAUUCCUGGCCAACCUGGAAGAGAGGGCCAAAGAGGACCUCCAGGACCACCUGGAGUUCCUGGACCACCGUCCCAAGGAAAAUACAUUCCAGUUCCAGGACCUCCAGGUCCUCCCGGACCCCCUGGUCCGCCUGGAUUAUCCUUAAUCGGACAAAAAGGUGAACCCGGAAUCGGUAGAAGCCACGUUUUUGGUGAAAGAGAUUAUUACGGUUCUAGACAAGGAUCACCCAGAGGUAGUCUGGACGAAUUGAUAGCUCUACGUGAACUUAAACAAUUAAAAGAAUUAAAAGAACACUUAGGAUCUGUCACUACUGCCACAAGGGGGCCUUUAGAAAGUACAACGAAAAUUGUGCCAGGAGCUGUUACAUUCCAAAACACAGAAGCCAUGACAAAAAUGUCUGGUGUCAGUCCAGUUGGAACUCUGGCUUACAUCAUAGACGAACAAGCUUUGUUAGUCAGAGUUAACAAUGGAUGGCAAUACAUAGCGCUCGGAUCACUUUUACCCAUUACAACGCCAGCACCGCCAACCACAGCACCGCCACCAGCAAAUCCUCCCUUCGAAGCGUCAAACUUAAUUAACCAGAUACCUGUGAAGGCUGACGGAACAGGAUGGUAUCCGCGAAUGUUGAGAAUGGCUGCAUUGAAUGAACCAUUCACCGGAGAUAUGCAUGGUAUACGAGGAGCAGACUAUGCUUGCUAUCGACAAGCAAGACGAGCAGGCUUGAGAGGUACAUUCCGAGCUUUUCUCAGCUCUCGAGUUCAAAACGUCGAUAGUAUCGUCAGAUUAGGAGAUCGAGAUCUUCCUAUAGUUAAUAUAAAGGGCGAUGUGCUAUUCAAUUCUUGGAAAGAAAUGUUCAACGGAAACGGGGCGUACUUCUCUCAGAAUCCCAGAAUUUACAGUUUCAACGGGAAGAACAUUCUGACUGACUUUGCGUGGCCUGCGAAAGUCGCGUGGCAUGGCUCUCACAAACUUGGCGAUCGUGCGAUGGACACUUAUUGCGAUGCCUGGCACUCGAGCAGCUCAGAUCGCUAUGGAUUGGGCUCGCCGUUGACCGGUGGCCGGCUGCUGGAGCAAGUGCGAUAUUCGUGCGACAAUAAAUUCGCGCUGCUUUGCAUCGAGGUGACGAGCGAGUUGGUGAGGAGACGGCGGAGCAUCAACAAUGAAUCGGAAGACGACGUCGAGAUGACGGAGAACGACUAUAUGGAAUAUCUGGAGGAACUCGCGCAAUACUGAACACUAUCUUUCUCUCUCUGUCUCUCUCUUUUCCUUUCUCUCUCGAUUAUCAUCGUCGCUCGUAACACGAAAAUUAAACCGGCAUAUCGAUAUACAUAUCGCGAAAUAAUAACGCGCGAACAGCGUCAUCGCGCCUCAUCUUCAAAUUCCAAAGGUAUAAUUACUUAUACUUCCGUCACGAGUAACACUAACCAUCCGCUUUUCAAACGCGCGUCUCAGUUCUCUUUCCUCUCAAUCUUUCUUAAAGAUAAAAAGAAGACUGAUCGUCUCUCUAAAUACUCAUUCGUCAGUGUUUCGUCGUAUAGAUUGAGUAUUCCUAUCGGAUGCUCAAUCUUCUCUCAGUCAUUACCGAGAAUUUCGAUCGUUCGUGAAUCUCUUUGUGAGGAGCCAUCGCAGUUCAACGUUCGUUAAACGUUUCCCUUCAUCAAGAUAUAAACGUCCAAAAAUACUUAUAGAUCAUCACGUGAACGACCUCAGACAUACGCGCACACGACUCGAUCAGGCCCGCGUUUACGAUGCACUUAAGCGUUAAAAGCGGCUGUCUAAUUAUACCCCUUCUCAUUAAACACUACACGCCAAUUUUAAAUGAUUCAAAAGAAUUCAGAAAAUUCAGGAGAAUUUUUACGAUCUGAUGAUCGUAUCAAUGGCCAUAUCAUUGCAAAGAUCGAGAACUUGAAUUCAAAACAGUAUUAACUUUAGAAGUUAAACAUUUUCGGAAAAGAACAUUAAUUUAGCUAAUUCAUUUUUUAUUUUUUUUUCUACUCCUUUGUGUGUUUGUUAUGUAACUUAUUCCAAAAAAUUCACAUAUAUUUUUCAAAAUAAAAAAUAUUUUUUUAA